AUAGAACAGAAGGUGCUUGCAGCCAGGAAUACUGUGUCUGUCGAUAAUUAUUAUGUAAUCGAAAAACAUCAGCAAGAUGGUAGAAAGAAAAUAUCAAAUGAAAACAAUGUAAUUCCAUUAAUGUGGA